AUGAAGAGACUAGCAGCUCGCUGCUUUGCUGGCUUGUUAAUUUUAUCCCCACUAACUGUGAUUUCCGAUAGCCGGCCUGCUGAUAGUGGUAAGGCAAUUGAAGACGGCAAUUUGGAAGAAAUGGAAGAGGAAGUCCGGCUUAAAAAGCGUAAGAGACGAAGAAAUGUGGAUAAAGAUUCUGGGAAGGAAGAUGGGGAGAAAGCAAAAAAAAGAAGAGGCAGACCUCCUGCAGAAAAGUUGUCACCCAACCCACCGAAACUGACAAAACAGAUGAAUGCUAUAAUUGAUACUGUGAUAAACUACAAGGAUAGUUCGGGACGGCAGCUAAGCGAAGUCUUCAUUCAGCUCCCAUCAAGGAAAGAAUUACCAGAGUAUUACGAAUUGAUUCGGAAACCAGUGGACUUCAAAAAGAUAAAGGAAAGAAUUCGCAACCAUAAGUAUCGAAGCCUUGGAGACUUGGAGAAAGAUGUCAUGUUGCUGUGUCACAAUGCCCAGACAUUCAACUUGGAGGGAUCACAG